UCGUCAUUGGUUGUAGAAAAUUUCGAGGUGUACAUACAAUUUGCAUUAAUUACGCAUUUGAAUACGCGCAUUUUGAACACACAAUUAAUGCAGUUUAGAAGCCAAUGCAGUAAAAUGCGCAUUAAACGCACGUUAUAUGCGCAUUGGCGCUCCUUGGGAAGCUAAAGCUUUUAAAAGUGGUAGUGUACAGUUUUUUGUUUAUUCGUCACAUGACAAUGUUCUAUUCCGCUCUUGUUUCUUAAAACUUUUUAAUGCGGUAAUUUGAAUUGCCAUUCGCCAUCGUUCGAGCGUUUUCGUAGAUCCUCGGCUAGUGGUAAUUUUUACCGUUAGACAUUUUCGACUUUAACAUUGUACUUCGUGAUCUCCUGGCAAUAGCAUGAAUCAUGUUCAGCAAUCAGUAAAGUGACUACAAAAGUGAUAUGAGUUUUAUUAUUACUCAUUAACUUGGAUAAGUCUGUGGAAGUAAAUAGGUGCUACAAGCUUAAAUAGUAUCUCUCGUGUGAGUUUUUUCACACAAAAAUAUUUACAUAAGAACUUGCAACACUUAUCAGGAUCUUCGCUGAAGAGACUGGCAUAGUCGCAUCUUCUGAUACUAUUACACCAGCUUGCUGUAAAACUAAACCGUUAUUUGUAAAAGAUGGAUCCAGAGAGCUUCACGGAUAGCGCAAAAGAGAUGGCGGAGUAUAUAGCAAACUACUUGGAAAAUAUUAGAGACAGGAGAGUCUUGCCUACGGUGAAGCCGGGAUACCUGCGACCACUCUUGCCAUCCGAAGCACCCCGAACCCCUGAACAAUGGAAGGAUGUAAUGGCCGAUAUCGAGAGAGUAAUAAUGCCAGGCGUUACUCAUUGGCACAGUCCAAAAUUCCAUGCAUACUUUGCUUGUGCUCAAUCGUAUCCCUCGAUUCUAGCCGAUAUGUUAAGCGGAGGUAUUGCGUGUAUUGGAUUCACGUGGAUCGCGAGUCCAGCUUGCACUGAACUAGAAAUGAUCGUAGUAGAUUGGCUGGGAAAAAUGUUGGGCCUGCCCAAAGAAUUUAUUUUCUGCAGCGGUGGGAAAGGCGGUGGUGUCAUACAAGGCAGUGCUAGCGAGUCGACUUUGCUAGCGUUAUUAGGCGCCAAGGUUAAAAAGAUAAAGAAAGUUAAAGAACAACAUCCUGAUUGGACGGACAGCGAGAUUGUCGGUAAACUAGUCGCAUAUUCUUCUUGUGAGUAUUACUGCGAAUAUUUUACUACUUAAUCUAGCACGUAGAAAUUUACAAGACGUCUAUAAAAUCAAAACAAAAACGAAAUUCAUAGCAUGUUCAAGUGUCUAGCAAAUAA